AUGUCCAAGCUCUCGGCUGAAGAGUAUGAGCUUAGAGCCCUUAAUGCUCAGAUUCAAACCACUCUCUACAACAUUAAUCCGUCUUCACGAUUCGCAACACUCCUUCAAGAGGCGAUGGUCACCAUACGACGUCAUCAAGAGUCACGCGCCUGCCGAAGCUCCGAAGGAUUGAUGUGCGAGGGAGCUGAGGAUGAUUCGCUCAUCGCCACGUCAAGCAGUACCGAUGCAGACUCUGAUCAGGUCUCUCUUUCUCUCGCAUCUACUAGUUCCGACGAACCUGAGGGAGAAGAGGUGACUGCAGAUGCGGCGAGUUCAGUGCUUGGGACGCACUUAGACCCGGCCCCGACCGCCCAAGAGUCUGCCGCCAUUAACGAAUAUCCCACUGCUGCCGAAACACGAGUCGAGGCUUGGCCGGACGAGACCACUUCUACAUCUUCUGAUACUUCAAGCGAGGAGGCGGACAGUAAGAAGCGCAACUUUGAUGAUGAUGAUAGCGACGACGACGAUGACAACAGAUUCACCCCACUGGGGAAGCGAGUCAAGUCUUGA